CCCACAAAUAUUUUGAAAACGCCGCUGAGCGUAUUCAAAUUUGUUCAUGUUCCGUUUUGCUUUUGUUCAAUCUAUAAAAGAUUUAUUCAAAUAAAAGUAUUUAAAUAUUGUAUUGUUUAUAAUGAUAUCAUCAUUUGAUAAAGAACUUCUUAGACAUGGAGAAAAGCACAGCACACAAGAACUCCAGCAACUUAUCGAAAAAACCUCAUCAAAAGACCUUAUAGAAUCAAUCAAAAAUAAAUUAGGACGUUCCGAUUGUGCUGCAUUCUGGAAUUACCUACUUCAAGGAUUCUCCCGAAAUGCGGAAUCCAAAGCAAAACGCUUUACCUGUGUGCAGGCAUUUCUUACCGAAAUAUCCAAAGUCGAACUUACCUAUAAGCAAAUGUAUGACCUCAUUACAAGACUUUGUUUAGAUUUGCCUAGUUUUACCAGCGAACAAUUGAUAAACAUUGUUGACCACUGUGUCGACGCAAUAAAAAUUGGUGAUCCAAAAUGCGUUGGCUGGAAGGAACUCCUACCAGAGACCAUUUCCGUUCUUUCAAAUGUGAGUGCGUUGGAUGUAAAUGGCAUGGUGAUUCCAGGAAGCGAAUAUCGAGACACUAUUGUUAAAAAUAUUUGCUUUAUGAAAUGGCCAAUUGAGAUACUCACUCCAAUUGCAGAUAUGUUCCGAGAACUUACGAUGUCACCCAGCGAAAAACUUAUCGUUCUGAAUAAAUUUUCUGCGAGUCUUGAGAGUAUCAUACCGUCAGAGGUGCCAGCCUUAUCGUAUCAACUCUUCUCAAUGUGCACCACGGCAGGUCAAAUCAUUAUUCCUAUUCUAGCUCUGGAAAAAUACUUCUAUCGGUUUUACUAUAAAAAACUUUUCGCAGAUUUGGAUAGUAAUUCAACUGAUUUCAAUAGUAUAGAUGUUUAUUCAGACAAGGAGCUCAGGGAGGCCGAAGAGACCGUUUUACAUCAUCUUAACUACUGCACACAGUAUAAGAUUAAUGAAAUACAGUUAUGCAUUGUUCUCAGAAAUUUCUUAUCUACUCCCGAUGUGCUUCUUACUCCUUUUGUGCUUAGUGCUGUUUUAUCAAUGACUCGGGCCAAUCGUGAACCAGAUACUCGUUUAUCCACAUCUGUAAUUUUGCCCUUUCUCCGCACUGUAAUAAAAAACAACGAAGAUGAAAAAAAGUAUGCCCAAUAUUCAGUAUGGUGUCGGGAUUGUUUACAGAUAAGACGAGUCGACUUAGAUCGAACGUUUACUAUAAUGAUUGAUCAAAAUAAAGAAGGAAAAGACACCAUAACCCCGGGUUUGGUAAAUUUGGCUUUUGUUUUACUCAAGGAAAAGAACUCCUCUGUCAUAUAUGAGCUUGGUAUGAAUUUUUUGAUUAAAUUUGUUCGAAAGCGUUUUGUAUUUGGUAAAGGAGUCGUAAGAAAAUUAGCCGAAUGGAUGGUUUUGGAUCAAGAAGCAGUACAAUAUGCAGAUUGUCUAACUCUUCUUAGUACAAAUGACACAUAUACUGUCUCAGAGUGUGAAAAUUCCGUAAACUAUAUUUUGGACUUUCUACUUUGGAUUCCUGGUGAUCAUGCUAUGCGAAUGAUGACUUUUAUUCUGCCUAUUCUGAAAAUUUCACCUGCAAUACGCGAUUCUUUCAUAGAAAUUCUUCGAAAAGCCAUUAAUUCAAGCGAUGCAAAAACUUGUCGCAUGGGUGUUUAUGGUUUUUGUAUGGUACUCAAACAAUUGAAUAACAGUAACUCCCAACGUACUUCAAUGAAUGCUUCUGGAAUAUGUACGCAGCAGAGUAUAUCGGGUUUUUCUCUCAUGUCACAAGCAACACUUGGCAAUCGUAAUAACCCACAGCGACAUUUUGAUAUGCUAACAUUAGAAAUAAUUGGACUUUUGAGGAAUUGUUUCAACCAAAAAAUAGAAAUCAAAUACACACUUUAUGAAAACUUACAAAGAGCAGUGGAACUAAAUCCAAAACUUAUUCCACACGUUUUGCAAUUUAUUGACGGCCAUUUUCGGUCCUUUUUUGAUACGAAAACAGACGAUGAAGAAAAAUUUGUGAUAAAUAUUAAUUUUUCCAAACUACUGCACAGUGUUGGUGACAAUGGCAAUGAAAUCGAAGUAAAAGAUAAUUUGGGCAAACUCACACAUUUUGUUGCACAUUGUUUAAAGGCAUAUGAUCGAUUUGAGCACGCGUAUGAUACAACUAAGAUGUGUAAGAUACUAAAUACAAUAAGCGAACAAAUACGAAUAAAGGAAUUUAAGUUCGAAACGAUCAGUGGGCCUUUAACGCUUCUCAAGAAUGAAACAGUUAUGCAGCAAUUAAACUUUCUUGAAGGACUUAUGUCUUAUUUGAUUCUAACAUCAACAUCUGAAAAUAGUAACGUUACAACCAUGUAUGCACUCUUUAAGCUACAUCAUUCGAUUGCCGAAGGACUCAAAAGUCUUAGCGGUGGAAAAAAGAACAUCAAAACAAAACCAAAAGGGAAUAAUGAAACUGAGCAUCACAAUUCGACAGUAAACGGUAUUGUUGUAAAGAAAAUUAAUUCAAAACCUGAAAAUAUAUGGCAUCUCUCCGACAUCGAGUUGUUCUUAAGACUUUUACAUGAAGAACCAGUCAAAUUUGCCAAUUCUAGUGCAAUAGCACCACUUAGAAGUAAUCGCGAGUUUGUUCGGUAUAUUUAUAAAGUCACAGCUUCAGCAGUUGAAAACCUCCGAAAUCAGCCUGCGUAUAAGCAGGUUUCACACAGUCGACGGACAUUGAAAAUUUUAACAGACAUAACAAAAAUCAUAUACGAACAUUGCAUAAAACAGCUGCCAUCGUUGUGGAAAAAUUUUGAUCUGAAAGCGGCUGCAUUGUGUGUAGAAUGUUUUUAUCAGUGUCUAAAUACAGCAAACGUUGUAUUUUUAAAAAAAUUCGAUGAAUUUUUAAAAGGUGUAGAUUAUCAUCCUAUGAAUAUAUCAUCUAAUAGAGAUGCAACAACAAUAAUUCAAGAAACAAUAGACCAAUACAUGGCUGAUGAAGAGGAAUUACGUGAAGACACUGAUGCUAGUUUUGGAGCUAUAAUUCCUAGUACACUUCUCCAGUGCUUGGAAAUUCUUUACGAUAAAAUAUCGUACAGUGAUCGAUUAACUAUAGAAAGCUACACUUGGCUUAUAGACUUUUGUAAAAAUAACGAAGUUUUCACCAAAGAAAUGGGAAUUGUUCAUAAAUUACUAUUUAUCCAGCGACAAAAAACACAUUCAGGAAUGUUUUUCAAUACAAUUGCUAUGCAUCUUGAAAAGGUUAUUGGACAAGUUACGGAUCAGCCGGAUCUGAUUCUGAAUUUCCAAUUAAAAUCCAUUACUUUGACCAGUGCAGAGUCUUGUAUCACCUAUUUGUAUGCAACUUUGCGUAAACAAAUUGAAGAAGUUGAAUAUUUUAUCUCAAAGGCGAAUAGUUUACAUUAUAAGCUAAAAAUAAUCGCGGAAGAUGAACGUGAAAUGUGUUUAGCUUCAUUGAAGAGGAAGGAACGAUCAGUUUGCUCUCAAUUAAUACAUAUUUCAAACACUUUGCUGCAUCUUUCAAAUGUUAGUCUCCCUUUGGGUACUUGCAUGGAAAGUCUAUUGCGUAUCCUUAUUCAGAUGUACACAUGCUUAAAAAAUCUAGCAAAACACUUUUUAUGUCGGAGUUCAACUUCCAAGCUUUCAAUACAGGGAACAAAAUUCGAUCACCUUUUGCAAGUGGUGGGAAAACCAUUGGCGACUAAUAUAUAUGCUCUGAUCACUUACAUAGAAGCAAAUAUUUUUGAAAAUCGCCCUAAAGGCAAAUUGUUAAACCCUCAAGCAGAGAAGGCAAAAAUCCUCAGAGAAACCAAGCACAUACCAAGAUUGAUUCUUUUUGUUGAAAACUUCAAUAAAAACGUCAUCUUGCUGAGUAAAAAAACGAAUGAUAAACUAGCAAGUUUUCUACAUUUGGGUACAGUUCGAGAUUUCCGCAUUAAGACCUCUGAACUAAAAAAGGCAAUUGAUGAAUCGAUGUCUCAUAGUAGCCGCAUUAAUGAUAAUUCAGAUGAAGAGGAAACUGAUGCACAACAAAUUGAAGAAGAAACUCUUUUGGAUGAAAUCGAAGCAGAGUCUAGUACUCCAAGUGAUGUGUUAGAAAAUGAAGUAAAUGAAGAUUCUAGGCCAAAAGCUAGCUCCUCAAGCGGUCAUGUUGCACAAGAGGAUGAUGAAGUUCUCCAGCAUGAAAGCGCUACUUCAACCAACUCUCAGCUUUUAAAGAAUUUGGCAAAAAUCAAUUCACAGUCCAAGAAACGUUCAAUAAGAAGCCUUGAAGGUGUUUCUAUGACAUCCGCUCCCCCACCAAAGAAAGGAAAAGGAAGACCAUCUAAGAAGGGAAAAUAAUAAAAUGAGUGGUUUUAUAAGUUAUUUUGAUGUGUUACAAAUAAAUAUUUUUUUACAGUUUAAAAGAGUAGUCAUGUUCUCUUUAAGUUAACGCAGAAACGAGCGUUUUCGUUGG